GACGCGAUGGCCUGUCGCCGUCGACCGACGCGGUGGGACGCGCCGACGCUGCCAGCUGAGUCCCCGCCGCACCCCCGACAGGCGCCCGAUCGUCCGUCUGACUCAGCCGGCCCGGCGGAAAGGCCGGUGGUCGGGCAACGAACGUAGGGUUAGGGCCGUCCUCUCCCCGCCGCCAUCAUGUCGUCCGUCCACGCCGUCAAGCGCGCCCACGCCCACCUCGCCUGGGACAACAGCCUCCCGCCCGCCGUGCGCAUCCGGUCCGGCGACACCGUCGCCUUCGACUGCCUCGACGCGUCCAACGGCCAGAUCGACGCGUCCAGCACCCCCGCCGCCAUCGCCGCCUUCGACUUCGCCCGCCUCGACCAGGUCAACGGCCCCGUCCACGUCGACGCCGCCCAGCCCGGCGACGUCCUCCAGGUCGACGUCCUCGCCAUCGCCCCCAGCGUCCCCUGGGGCUGGUCCGCCGCCAUCCCCGGCUUCGGCCUCCUCGCAGACGCCUUCCCCGUCCCCGCCCUCAAGAUAUGGCACCUCCGCGACUACGAGGCCGGCGCCGGCUACGCCUGGUUCGACGAGCCCAAGGGCAUCCGCAUCCCCCUCCGCCCGUUUGCUGGCGAGAUGGGCGUCGCCCGCGCCGCCCCCGGCCCCCACUCGACCAUCCCGCCCUACACGACCGGCGGCAACAUCGACACCCGCCACGUCACCGCCGGCUCCACGCUCUACCUCCCGGUCGAGGUCCCCGGCGCGCUCUUCUCCAUGGGGGACGGCCACGCUGCGCAAGGCGACGGAGAGGUCUGCGGCACCGCCAUUGAGACGUCCGUCCGUGCGACCGUCCGGCUCACCGUCAUCAAGGAUGCUGCACGCACCUCCGUCGUCAAGACACCGCACUUCUCCACUGCGCCUGCGUCCAAGUCCGGGGCGGUGCCCGAGGAGUAUUAUUGUACGACGGGCGUCGAUCCUGGUUAG